AUGGUUGCUAAGAAGGGACGUCAAGAUUCUUCUCCCAUUGUGGAGGUUGGAGAGAUAGACACAAGUGCUCCUUUUCAAUCGGUUAAAGAUGCGGUUAAUCUUUUCGGUGAAGCUGCCUUUUCAGCUGAAAAACCGGUCAUUCGAAAAGCCAGUCCUCAAUCCGCUGAGAAAGUUUUGGUGAAGCAAACAGAGCUUCACUUAGCGCAGAAGGAGUUAAACAAGCUACAGGAACAGCUUAAGAAUGCGGAAACAGUCAGAGAGCAAGCGUUGAGUGAGCUUGAAUGGGCGAAAAGAACUGUUGAUGAGCUUACGCGUAAGCUUGAAGCGGUUAAUGAAUCGAGAGAUUCUGCAAAGAAAGCAACUGAAGCUGCUAAGAGUCAGAUCGAAGAUGCGAAACCAGGAAAUGUUUCUGUGUCUAGUAGUGAUGCUCAGAGUCAGGAUUUGGAACAGUAUGGGACGGUAUGUAAGGAACUUGAUACAGCGAAGCAAGAGCUGAGAAAAAUCCGUCAGGUUUCGAAUGAGAUUUUGGAGACGAAGACUGAUGCUUCAAACAAAGUCAAGGAAGCUAAGGAAGUGGCUAAAGUUAAUUCGGAGAAGAUUGAAUUGCUUAGAAAGGAAAUUGCAGCUGUUCAUGAAUCAGUUGAACAGACGAAGCUUGCGUAUUCUCAAGCCCAGAAAGAACAAUCUGAGAUCUUUGCAGAGAAGGAGAUUCAACAACAAUCAUAUAAAGCUGCCAUGGAGGAAUCUGCCAAGAAAUUGCUUGCCUUGAAGAAAGAGUUUGACCCCGAAUUUGCAAAGAAGCUUGAAGUGCAGUUGACUGAGACAUAUAAUGAGAUCGACGAGUUGCAGAAGCAAAUGGAGAUUGCAAAAGCAUCUGAUAUGGAUUCCGUUAAUGCGGUGAGUUUGGAAUUGGAUGAUGCAAAGGGUUUACUUAAGAGACUAGUGGAAGAAAAGAAGUCUUUGCAGGAGUUGUUGGAAUCUCUUAAAGCAGAACUGAAGAAUGUGAAGACAGAGCACGGAGAAGUGGAAGCGAAGGAGACUGAAAUUGAAUCUAUGGCUGGAGAUCUUCAUCUCAAGCUUAGCAAAAGCAAGAGUGAGCUAGAAGAAUUUGUUGAAGAGGAAUCUAAAGCAAAGGCGGCUUUGGAAGAUAUGAUGUUAACCUUGAAUCAGAUAUCUUCAGAGACAGAAUCUGCUCGACGAGAAUCUGAGGAAAUGAGAAACAAAUCUGAGGAGCUAAUGAAGGAAGCGGAAGCUGCGCAUCUCGCUCUUGAAGACACAGAGCUAAACCUGAGGGUCGCUCUGGAUGAAGCCGAAGAAGCAAAAGCUGCUGAGACAAAGGCGCUUGAACUGAUAAAAUCAAUGUCUGAAAGAACCAAUGCUGCUCGCAAUUCGACAUCAUCCGACUCUGGAGCGCAGAGCAUCACAUUGUCUCAGGAGGAGUUUAAGUCGUUGAGCAAGAGAGCUGAAGUAUUCAAUAAGUUGGCGGAAAUGAAAGUGGCGGCUGCAUUGGCUCAGGUGGAAGCCGUGAAAGCUAGCGAAAACGAGACACUGAAGAAGUUAGAGACAACACAAGCAGAGAUUGAGAAGCUUAAGACUGCAACUCAAGAGGCGUUGAAGAAAGCAGCUAUGGCUGAUGCAGCUAAGAAAGCGGUUGAAGGAGAACUCAGAAGGUGGCGCGAAAGAGAUCAGAAGAAAGCAGAGGAAGCAGCAUCAAGGAUUCUUGCAGAAGCCGAGGCAAAGAUGUCCGUUGAAUCAUCACCGCAACACCAAUACAAAGCUCCCAAACAGAAGCCUUUGCAUAACAAACUGGAGAAGACGAAAACUUCAGUGGUAUCAAAGAAAGUGCUUUUGCCGAACCUAAGUGGAAUUUUCAACAGAAAGAAGAAUCAAGUGGAAUGGGGUUCUCCUUCUUAUCUCCCUGGAGAGAAACCCAUUUGA